AUCCUUGAUAAGUGUUCAAAGUUUUAAUUCUAACUGUGCAUUUAAAGUUGGACAAAAUCAAGAUUAAAGGAGUUGGUAACAUACAAAUGUGAUGGUUACAUACAGUCAUAUGGAUAUACAGGUGAAGAUAGAAACGAGCUUACCAUCGAUACCCACUUUUAGUCAAAGUCUGGAUAAUGUUUUAGGGAAUGAAGGAAUUCAAUUAGGAUCUAUCACUGAAUUAUUGGGACUGCCAGGAUCUGGGAAGACACAAUUGUGCUUACAGUUGUGUGCAUCAGUUCAAAUUCCAAAAUCUCUUGGUGGAUUAGAUGCUGAAGCUAUUUAUAUAGACACAAACACAAAUUUUUCACUUAAUAGAUUUAAGGAAAUUCUGCAUGCAAGUCGGGAGAAAUGCAAAAGUAUACUAAAUGUUGAACACAGCAACAGAGAAGAGGCUUUGAAAAAAUUACACUAUGUAAAUGCAUUUGGUUUGGAAAAAUUCUGUAGCUUUAUUUAUUCUCUUUCACAAGUUAUUGCUGAAAGACCUUGUGUUCGGCUCAUUGUUAUAGAUUCCAUAACUUUUCCAUUUAAAGAAGGUAUUACAACAAAACGAAGGACUGGAUUAUUGUUUCGAUUAAUGGCAGAGGUUCAGAAACUUGCUAUUGAAAAACACAUAGCAGUUGUUUUAACAAAUGAGAUGAGCACUCGAGUAGGGUUGUCAACAGGGUCAUUAGUUGGCGCAUUUGGUGAUGCGUGGGCGCACAGGUGUAAUAAACGUUUAUUAUUAACAGCACCUAAGUUCUUGGAAAAAGAGAGAUUAGCAGCCCUGAUUAAGAGCAAUAAUUCACCAGAGAUAGUGGGAAGGUUUCAAAUUACGGACGAGGGCAUCAGGGAUUUAUGAAUAAAACACAUUUAAAACAUACAUAGUUUUAUUUGAAUGUAUCGGUAUAUAAUAUAAUAAUACAUUUUAAACAAAACUACAGCACCAAUAAAUAUCUCAUUUUCACAAAAAUAUCAAGCAAAUAUUAUAUCUAUAACAUUAACAUUUAAGGCAGUUUCACACUGAACUUAGCUUAGCGAAAGAUUUUUUCUUAUUAUGCUUUUUCUUACGACACAAGUGUGAGUAAUACGCGUUUGUAGUCCCCUUUAGUAUCAUCCUGCAAAAUAUUACAUUACAGUUUACAUUCUAACAACGAUCCGCAAAACA